AUGAGUUAAACCCAUAUUUAUUCAUAAUUUAUAUCAAUUUAGAAUUAUAAAUAACAAUUUUUNUAAUAGUUAGGAGAAGUUCGAAAUGGAUUUGGAGAAUAAAUUUGGAAAGAUGGGGCUAGGUAUAUAGGGGAGUGGAGAAACAAUUAAGCUAAUGGGUAUGGUAUAUUCUAUCAUGUUGACGGAGAUAUUUAUGAAGGAUUUUGGAAGGAUGAUAAAGCCUAAGGGUAUGGAAUAUAUAUGCAUAAAGAUGGAUCCAGAUAUGAAGGGGAUUGGGAUUAAGAUCUUUAUCAUGGAACUGGUUGUGAAGUGUGGGUAGAUGGGAGUAAAUAUGACGGAUAAUAUUCAAAAGGCACUAAAAAUGGAAAAGGAAUUUAUCGAUGGGCUGAUGGGAGUGUUUAUGAUGGAUAGUGGGAAGAUAAUAAGAUGAAUGGUUCUGGCAAAUACACUUGGGCAGAUGGAAGAUAUUAUGAAGGGUAAUGGAAGAAUGAUAUGAUGCAUGGUACAGGAAUCCAAAUUUGGCCAGAUGGGAGAAAAUAUGAAGGAAAUUUUGAGUUUGAUAAACGAAAUGGUUUCGGUAUCAUGGAGUGGGGCAAUGGAAAACAAUACGAAGGCUAUUGGUUAAACGGUAAAUAGCAUGGAGAAGGUAAAAUAAUAAGUGCAAAUAAAGAAAUAUAAGUAUGCUAAUGGAGAAAUGGUUAGAGACUAUGA